AUAAAAAGUGGAGUCUCUCCAAUUCCUCUUCCUGCCCUCUGUACUCAGCAGCUGGGGAGUGGGAUUAUCACACUCAUAUUAAGUAGGAAAGACUGCAGUGAUCCAGAUGGAAAUGUCAGAGGAUGAUAAUAACUCAGAAGAAUACCCCACUGAAAUUCAUGAUUAUCUCGCAGCAUUUGAAAAAUCUCUCGGUUCUGUAGAUGAGAUGCUGAAGACAAUGAUGUCUGUUUCCAGGAGCGAGCUUCUGCAAAAGUUAGACCCUCUUGAGCAAGCAAAGCUGGAUUUGGUUUCGGUGUACGCAUUGAAUUCCAUGUUCUGGGUAUAUUUGGCUACUCAGGGAAUCAAUCCAAAGGAACAUCCAGUGAAACAAGAACUGGAGAGAAUAAGAACAUACAUGAACAAGGUCAAAGAAAUAACAGACAAGAAAAAGGCAUCCAGACUCGAUAAAGGAGCUGCUUCUAGAUUUGUAAAAAAUGCACUUUGGGAGCCAAACGCCGAAAAUGAACAUAGUUCCAAAACUCCUGCUAAAGGAAAAAAGAGACAGAAGGACUAAAUCUCGGUUUUAUAUAAAUUAGGGACACCUAAUUCUUAUUUUGAAAUGCUUUGCAUACUGCAUGCAUCUCACAGAGGUGCUGUAUAACAGAUUAAGUUAUACUUAAGAAUUUUACAGGACUGUAUUUUCUCCAGAACACUUGUCACUGAGGCAACUGCAUUGAAUGUGUAUCUAAAAGGGCCAUUGGAUGCAUGUUUGAGUGACAUUUCAUUAUCCAAAUGAUAAAGUCCUGACAUACACUUCGCUGGUAAUAAAUACUAGUGAUAUUUUACUUAUAGUUCCUAUGAAUUACAUUUUUUUUUUUUUUUACUACCGAAUGAUUUAUUGACACUUUUUUAUAUGU